AUGGCGGCUCAGGCCAGGCCAGAGAAUGUGGAGAUGGUGGGCGAUGGGCAGAUUCUGAAGGCUGCCGCGCUGGCCGUGGCCCUGGCCCAGGGCACCCUGCCUGCCUUCCUGCCCUGUGAGCUCCAGCGCCAUGGCCUGGUGAAUUGCGACUGGCUGUUCCUCAAGUCCGUGCCCCACUUCUCGGCAGCAGCGCCCCGUGGUAAUGUCACCAGCCUUUCCCUGUACUCCAACCGCAUCCACCACCUCCACGACUCCGACUUUGUCCACCUGUCCAGCCUGCGGCGUCUCAACCUCAAAUGGAACUGCCCACCCGCCAGCCUCAGCCCCAUGCACUUCCCCUGUCACAUGACCAUUGAGCCCCACACCUUCCUGGCUGUGCCCACCCUGGAGGAGCUGAACCUGAGCUACAACAGCAUCACGACAGUACCCGCCCUGCCCAGUUCCCUCGUGUCCCUGUCCUUGAGCCGUACCAACAUCCUGGUGCUGGACCCUGCCAACCUCGCAGGGCUGCACUCCCUGCGCUUCCUGUUCCUGGAUGGCAACUGCUACUACAAGAACCCCUGCCCGCAGGCCCUGCAGGUGGCCCCGGGCGCCCUCCUUGGCCUGGGCAACCUUACGCACCUGUCACUCAAGUACAACAACCUCACUGCAGUGCCCCGCGGCCUGCCCCCCAGCCUGGAGUACCUGCUAUUGUCCUACAACCACAUCAUCACCCUGGCACCUGAGGACCUGGCCAACCUGACCGCCCUGCGUGUGCUCGAUGUGGGUGGGAACUGCCGUCGCUGUGACCACGCCCGCAACCCCUGUAUGGAGUGCCCCAAGGGCUUCCCGCACCUGCACCCUGACACCUUCAGCCACCUGAGCCACCUCGAAGGCCUGGUGUUGAAGGACAGCUCUCUCUACAACCUGAACCCCAGAUGGUUCCAUGCCCUGGGCAACCUCAUGGUGCUGGACCUGAGUGAGAACUUCCUAUACGACUGCAUCACCAAAACCACAGCCUUCCAGGGCCUGGCCCAGCUGCGCAGACUCAACUUGUCUUUCAAUUACCACAAGAAGGUGUCCUUUGCCCACCUGCAUCUGGCGCCCUCCUUCGGGAGCCUGCUCUCCCUGCAGCAGCUGGACAUGCAUGGCAUCUUCUUCCGCUCGCUCAGCGAGACCACGCUCCAGUCGCUGGUCCACCUGCCCAUGCUCCAGAGUCUGCACCUGCAGAUGAACUUCAUCAAUCAGGCCCAGCUCAGCAUCUUCGGGGCCUUCCCUGGCCUGCGAUACGUGGACCUGUCAGACAACCGCAUAAGUGGAGCCAUGGAGCUGGCGGCUGCCACGGGGGAGGUGGAUGGUGGGGAGAGAGUCCGGCUGCCAUCUGGGGACCUAGCUCUGGGCCCACCGGGCACCCCUAGCUCUGAGGGCUUCAUGCCAGGCUGCAAGACCCUCAACUUCACCUUGGACCUGUCACGGAACAACCUAGUGACAAUCCAGCCAGAGAUGUUUGCCCGGCUCUCGCGCCUCCAGUGCCUGCUCCUGAGCCGCAACAGCAUCUCGCAGGCAGUCAACGGCUCACAAUUUAUGCCGCUGACCAGCCUGCAGGUGCUGGACCUGUCCCAUAACAAGCUGGACCUGUACCAUGGGCGCUCUUUCACGGAGCUGCCGCGGCUGGAGGCCCUGGACCUCAGCUACAACAGCCAACCCUUCAGCAUGCAGGGCGUGGGUCACAACCUCAGCUUUGUGGCACAGCUGCCGGCCCUGCGCUAUCUCAGCCUGGCGCACAACGACAUCCACAGCCGUGUGUCCCAGCAGCUCUGCAGCGCCUCGCUGCGGGCCUUGGACUUCAGCGGCAAUGCCUUGAGCCGGAUGUUGGCCGAGGGAGACCUGUAUCUCCGCUUCUUCCGAGGCCUGAGGAGCCUGGUCCGGUUGGAUCUGUCCCAGAAUCGCCUGCAUACCCUCUUGCCACGCACCCUGGACAACCUCCCCAAGAGCCUGCGGCUGCUGCGUCUCCGUGACAAUUAUCUGGCUUUCUUCAACUGGAGCAGCCUGGUCCUCCUCCCCAGGCUGGAAGCCCUGGACCUGGCGGGAAACCAGCUGAAGGCCCUGAGCAACGGCAGCUUGCCUAACGGGACCCAGCUCCAGAGGCUGGACCUCAGCAGCAACAGCAUCAGCUUCGUGGCCUCCAGCUUUUUUGCUCUGGCCACAAGGCUGCGAGAGCUCAACCUCAGUGCCAACGCCCUCAAGACGGUGGAGCCCUCCUGGUUUGGUUCUCUAGCGGGCACCCUGAAAGUCCUAGAUGUGACUGGCAACCCCCUGCACUGCGCCUGUGGGGCGGCCUUCGUGGACUUCUUGCUGGAGGUGCAGGCUGCAGUGCCCGGCCUGCCAGGCCACGUCAAGUGUGGCAGUCCAGGUCAGCUCCAGGGCCGCAGCAUCUUUGCGCAGGAUCUGCGCCUCUGCCUGGAUGAGGCCCUCUCCUGGGACUGUUUUGGCCUCUCACUGCUGACCGUGGCCCUGGGCCUGGCCGUGCCCAUGCUGCACCACCUCUGUGGCUGGGACCUCUGGUACUGCUUCCACCUGUGCCUGGCCUGGCUGCCCCGGCGGGGGCGGCGGCGGGGCGCGGAUGCCCUGCCCUACGAUGCCUUUGUGGUCUUCGACAAGGCACAGAGCGCGGUGGCCGACUGGGUGUACAACGAGCUGCGGGUACGGCUAGAGGAGCGCCGUGGACGCCGAGCGCUCCGCCUGUGCCUGGAGGAACGUGACUGGCUACCCGGUAAAACGCUCUUUGAGAACCUGUGGGCCUCAGUUUACAGCAGCCGCAAGAUGCUGUUUGUGCUGGCCCACACAGACAGGGUCAGCGGCCUCUUGCGCGCCAGCUUUCUGCUGGCCCAGCAGCGCCUGCUGGAGGACCGCAAGGACGUUGUGGUGCUGAGACUGACCCUCCACCUGGAGCACUGA